GUACACGAUAUUGAUUUUAUAUUAUUCAACACGUCAAUAUGCCACCAAUUCGCAAUAAAAACCGGAAAAAUUUAGAUGAGCAAGAGGGACGAAUCUUAUUAGCAAUUUCCGAUUUACAGAAUGGCCGAAUUCAACGUGUAGCUCAAGCUGCAAGGAUUUACGAGAUCCCCCGGACAACUUUACAAGAUAGACUCAAUGGAAUCGCUUGUCAAAUGGGUGCUUGAUUUAGAUCGACGUGGAUUACCCCCCCGGCAUUCUCUUGUACGAGAAAUGGCUAAUUAUAUACUUUCACAACAUGGCAAACCACAAGUUGGAAAAAAUUGGAUAACUAAACUGAUUAAACGCCGUCCAGAGAUCGAUUCCAAAUUCGCAAGGAAAUACAACUACGAACGUGCUAAAUGCGAAGAUCCAAAGAUAAUACAAGAACAUUUUGAUCGCGUACAAGCUGCUAUAUCUGAGUACGGCAUCUUACCGGAAGAUAUAUUCAACUUUGAUGAGACUGGCUUUGCUAUGGGACUCUGUGCAACUGCAAAGGUUAUUACUGGAAGCGAUCGAUAUGCUCAGCCGAAGCUUUUACAGCCUGGAAAUCGAGAAUGGGUGACUGCAAUUGAAGCAACAAAUUCAACUGGAUGGGCUGUGCCUUCGUACGUGAUUUUCAAAGCAAAGAAAAACGUACGAGAAGGCUGGUUUGAUGAUCUUCCAGAUGAUUGGCGAAUCAAUAUUAGCGAUAAUGGCUGGACUACAGAUCAGAUAGGAUUAGAAUGGCUUAAAACCCAUUUUAUUCCCUAUAUUAAUAGUCGUACGGUUGGAAAAUAUCGAAUGUUGAUUCUUGAUGGCCAUGGAAGCCAUUUGACUCCAGAAUUUGACCAUAUAUGUACUGAGAAUAAUAUUAUUCCAGUCUGUAUGCCACCUCAUUCUUCGCAUCUCUUACAGCCUCUUGAUGUUGGCUGUUUUGCUGUUUUAAAGCGACAUUAUGGGCAGCUUGUUGAGCAACGAAUGAGGCUUGGUUUCAAUCAUAUUGAUAAAAUGGACUUCUUAACAGCAUUUCCACAGGCUCGUACAGUGGCAUAUAAAGCUCAAACUAUUCGGAAUAGCUUCGCAGCCACUGGAUUAGUGCCUUUCAAUCCAGAUCGAGUUAUACAACAGCUUAAUAUUCGAUUGAAGACACCAACCCCCCCUCCAAGUCGAUCAAGCAAUAUGGCAUCAUCCUGCUUACAAACACCUCAAAAUAUACGCCAAUUUAUACGCCAGUCGACUACAAUCAAUAAACGUAUAAAUGAGCGUACAGAAAGCAACCAAAAUCAAGAAAUCAAUCAGGCAGUUGUACGGUUGUCAAAAGCCUACGAAAUGAUAGCGAAUGAUGUUUUACUCGUACGGAAAGAGAACUACGAUUUACGAGCUGCACAUGAGAAAGAGAAGCAAAAGCGCCAAAAAUCUAAAAAGCAAAUAUCUAUUGAGCAAGCGGUUACUAAAGAAGAAGUGCAAGCGCUCGUACAAGGUCAGGUUGAGGCAUCCCAUGCUGUUACUACUACUCCGGCUGAGCCGGAGCUCCCAGCUUCUCAAGCAGUCGUACGCCGCCAAUAUCGCUGCAGUGGUUGUAACGUUAUGGGGCAUAGAAUUAACCAAUGCCCUAGUCGUAUUAGUAGUUAG